AUGGCGGCAAUUGUGAAAGAGAUCCUGGCAAGGCCAAUACAAUUGGCAGACCAGGUGAGCAAGGCCGCCGACGAGGCCCAAUCUAACAAACAAGAGUGCAUGGAGCUCAAAUCCAAGACUGAGAAGCUCGCCGGCCUCCUCCGCCAGGCAGCACGUGCGAGCAAUGAUCUCUACGAGCGCCCCACGCGUCGCAUCAUCGACGAAACCGAACAAGCCCUCGACAAGGCCCUCACCCUCGUCAUCAAGUGCCGAGCCACCGGCCUUAUGAAACGUGUAUUCACCAUCAUCCCCAGCGGCGCCUUCAAAAAGAUCGGUCAGCUACUCGACAACCACAUUGGCGACGUGUCGUGGCUCCUCCAAGUCUCAGCCCCUGCCGACGACCGUGAUGAUGAGUAUCUAGGGCUUCCCCCGAUCGCCUCUAAUGAACCGAUCCUCUGCCUUAUCUGGGAACAGAUUGCGAUCCUCUACACUGGCUCGAUGGAGAAGCGAUCUGAUGCGGCAGCUUCUUUGGUGUCGUUGGCGAGAGACAACGACAGGUACGGGAGGCUGAUCAUUGAGGAAGGCGGGGUGCCUCCGCUGCUGAAGGUGGCGAAGGAAGGAGGAAAGGAAGGGCAGGAGAGCGCCGCCAGGGCAAUUGGGUUGUUGGGAAAGGACCCCGAAAGCGUCGAGCAGAUUGUGAACGCCGGCGUCUGCCCAGUGUUUGCGAAAAUCCUCAAAGAAGGCCACAUGAAAGUCCAGGCGCUCGUUGCUUGGGCGGUCUCCGAAUUGGCGGAGAAUCAUCCGAAAUGCCAAGACCCUUUUGCGCAAAACAAUGUCAUCCGAUUGCUCGUGAGUCAUCUCGCUUUCGAGACGAUUCAGGAGCACAGCAAGUACACUAUCCCGAGCAAGGAACAAAUGUCGUUGCACUCGAUUGUGAUGGCGAGCAACAACAACACGGAGCAUCAGACGGCACACCCGAUAACUGGGAAUCAAAACAUGUUUAGUCAGAUGCAGAAUGUUGUGAAAAGCACAAUGGCUAUGAACAAUGAGGGUCCGGCUCCCCUCGGCUCUGGUCAUGCCCAGGGGAAGCCGACUCAAAAUAACAAUCACCAGAACCUUCAUCAUCCGCCUCCGAGUCACCACAUCGCGAGACCGCACAAUCACCACGUGGCACUGUCCGGGGCCAGCAUCAAGGGGAGGGAGUACGAAGACCCCGAAACCAAGGCGGAGAUGAAGGCAAUGGCGGCGAGGGCGCUAUGGAAACUUGCCAAGGGGAAUGCGAGUGUUUGUGGUAGCAUCACGGAGUCAAGAGCGCUUUUGUGUUUCGCUGUUUUGCUAGAAACAGGUUCUUGGGAAGUUCAGCAGAAUUCGGCCAAUGCGCUUAUGGAGAUCACCGCGGUGGCAGAGCAAAAUGCGGACUUGAGGCGGUCGGCUUUCAAGCCGACAUCCCCCGCCUGCAAAGCAGUGGUCGAGCAGCUGCUGAAAAUAGUCAAAAAGGCAGACUCCGACCUGCUUGAACCGUGCAUCCAAGCGAUCGGAAACUUAGCAAGAACUUUCAGAGCGACGGAGACGCGAUUCAUUGGGCCAUUGGUGAAGUUGCUCGACGAAACAGAACCGAAUAUCUCUACAGCGGCUGUGAUUGCACUGAACAAGUUUGCAUGCACUGAGAAUUUCCUCCACGUAAAUCACUGCAAAGCGAUUAUAGAAGCUGGGGGAACCAAGCAUCUAAUUCAAUUGGUUUAUUUUGGGGAAUCCGGGGUGCAGAUUCCGUCAUUGAUUCUGCUGUGCUACAUUGCGUUGCAUAUUCCGGACAACGAGACGCUUGCUCAGGAGGAGGUGCUGAUUGUGCUAGAGUGGUCGACAAAGCAGGCUUAUCUGGCGAAUGAACCGUCAGUCGAAGAAUUAUUACCGGAAGCUAAAAGUAGGCUGGAGCUUUAUCAGUCUAGAGGAUCAAGAGGAUUUUAUUGA